UUUCUCAGACCCGGCUCUGGGUCUCUGACACACGGGGGUCAUUCGCGACAGCGACAUACGAGGAAUUUCAUAAUUUGUGCUUUCUGAAAAGCGAUAAAUCUGCUGGCGAAUUUUCGAUACCGCUGCUCGUGAUUAUUACGAUUCCCAUAAGUCCUCUUUCCGUUUCCGGUGUUUGUUGUUAAUGGCGGCGUCCACAACUCUUCUAUUCAGUGUAGUUUAGUUGAUCAGUAGUUUGUCAAGUACAGAGUUCACAGAGAUGUCGGCGGCACAAGGAGUUCUGUCAGCGGCAGAGCGUUCAGUCCGCUCCGUAUUUGUUGGAAAUAUUCCUUACGAAGCCACAGAAGAACAGCUGAAAGAUAUAUUUUCCGAAGUUGGACCCGUAGUCAGCUUUCGCUUGGUGUACGACAGGGAAACGGGAAAGCCUAAAGGUUAUGGGUUCUGCGAGUACAAGGACCAAGAGACCGCACUCAGUGCGAUGCGCAACCUCAACGCCUUCGAUUUAAAUGGACGACCUCUUCGCGUCGACAACGCUGCGAGCGAAAAGAGCAAAGAAGAGCUCAAAAAUCUGCAAGCGUCCCUGGGUGGUCCACCAGUCGAGAGCCCCUACGGGACUGAAGUGGAACCUGAACGUGCUCCAGAGGCUAUCUCGAAAGCUGUGGCCAGUCUCCCGCCCGAGCAGAUGUUUGAGCUCAUGAAGCAGAUGAAGCUCUGCAUACAGAACAAUCCAAACGAAGCACGCAACAUGCUGCUGCAGAAUCCGCAGCUCGCGUAUGCCUUGCUGCAGGCGCAGGUCAUCAUGAAGAUCGUGGAGCCUCAGGUGGCUCUGAGCAUUCUGCACCGCCAAAAUCCAACCGUGGGGCCCCUGCAACCUGCACCAAAUGCAGGCAUGCCGCAGCAGGUGCCGCAGGAAAUGCAGCCACCGCCGCAGUUUUCACAGCCCAUGCCAAAUAUGGCAGGUGGUCCUGCUGGCUUUGUGCCACAGGCUGUUCCAGCUGACCCUGGAUUCCAAGAUCCUGCUUUCGCAGGCCGUGGCGUGGCUCCCGGUAGACCAGCCCUGCUGGGUGAGCGUCCACCGGUGUCCGAGCCCGGAAGGCCCAGCGUCCCCUUCGACCCUCGAGAGCAAGUACGAGGAGGACCCCUGUUCGAUCCCAGAGCUGCGGAGCCCCGCAUGGAAGCUCGUGGCGACCGGGACAUGCGACAGGGUCCCCCUCCCGGGUCCAUGGGCGAUCGGGACAUGCGACAACCCCUCGAAGAUCAAGACCUGCGGCACAUGGGUCCUCCAGACCCACGCUUCCGAAGCGGGGCGUUCGAUCCCAGGGCACGUGGUGGCGGAGGUCCCGCACCAUUUGGGGGCGGAGGGCCGCCUCCGAGGGACGACCCACGCUUCAUGCCGCAGCGUCCCCCCGCACCACCCGUUCAGCAGCAGCACCCUCGACCGGGUCCCAAUCCCGUCAUUUCACCGCAGGACCAAGAGAAGGCAGCCCUUAUCAUGCAGGUGUUGCAGCUGUCAGACCAGCAGAUUGCGUUGCUGCCUCCUGACCAGCGUCAGAGCAUUAUGGUGCUUAAGGAGCAAAUCGCGCGUAGCGCUCAGCAGUGACAUUUCCACCUUUGUGUUCUCAAUACACUGUUUUACAGUCUCAAAAAGUCCUUUCUUCCUACGAGAUGGUUCGUGGAGGUUACCACAUGACGAGAGCAGGCCAAGUGGUAUUAAAGGCUUAGACAUUCCUUAAACUUAAACAGACUAUGAAAUUUCCUGAACACCAUAUGAACUUUUUUUCUGAAAAUAGUUCUUCCUGUCCAGGAACUCGUACUCAGAAACUUUUUCCUAAAUUAAAACUUGCAGUUUCGAUCA